UGUGAAAGUUGAGAAAUCCACACAAAAUAUAUAAAAGACUACUUUGGUGAUCUAGGCAUAGAUGAAAAGAUAAUAUUAAAAUUAAACAUGAUGAUAAAUCUUAAAAUCCCUUAAAAGGUGAGGAAUACCCUUCUUCAUUAUGGUUAUACCCAAUUUAAUCACUGUUCGUUGUUACAGAAACAGUUGCUGGGAUAAAGGUGAAUGCGCAGAACAGUAAUAACAUGUUGUAUGUAAAUGCUUUGCAUGAUAUUGUCACCAUUAUACCAAAAAAGUAUUCUGUUCCAUGGUUUUUGUGGGAUUUCCUCUUUCAUCGUUCCCAGAAACGUUAUAAAGAAUGCAUUGAUAUUGUUCACCAGUUCAGUGAAAAUAUUAUUCGAGAUAGGCUGAGUGAAGAUGCUGAAACAUUGGAAAAUAAUACUGAUUUACCCUUUUCUGAGUUGCAUGACUCUGAAGUGCGUAGGAAGAACAUGGACUCAUUGGGAUUACUCAUGAAGAAAUUAAGAAAAGAUGAUUUACAAAAUAAUGUGGAUGCCUUAGUGUUUGCGGGUCAUGAUACAACAUAUGCAGCACUUUCAUGGGCCAUCCAGCUACUGGGUGAACACACUGACGUGCAGGAGAAAGUCUAUGAAGAGAUGGUGCAGAUAUUUGACGGAUCUAAUCGAUCCCCCACAAAACAAGACCUUCUGGAAAUGAAGUACUUGGAGAGGGUCAUUAAGGAAACCCUCAGACUGUACCCCAGUGGACCAACUGUUGGAAGGAAGACCAGAAAAGACAUACAGAUAGGAGAAUACACAAUACCAGCAGGGGCUAGCAUUUGGAUCGAGAUAUAUUUUAUCCACCGCAACCCUAAAUACUAUCCACAUCCAGAGGAAUUCAAUCCCGAUAACUUCCUGCCAGAGAGAGUACGUGACCGACAUCCUUACGCAUACCUUCCUUUCAGCGCUGGACCAAGAAACUGCUUGGGUCAGAGAUAUGCCAUUAUGGAAUUGAAGGCAGUGCUGUCUUCUAUUGUACGUAAUUUCAAAAUCAGAAGUCUUAAGGAGACAAAAGACUUAAAUCCGUUGAUGGGAUUGACCAUAACACCACAUGGAGGUGUUAAUAUUGAGCUUACAUUGAGGGAUAACAACAAGGAAAAUAAGUUCACUGAAAACUAAAACUUAAAUUUUUGGAAAUGUAUGUGAAGCUGCAAAGGAAAAUAAACUAAACAUAUUUUACUUCA